AUGCUGACUACAACAGUACAUGGAAAACAACACCAAUGUCGUGAAUGUUAUCGAAAUUUUGAUACUGGCAAUGAAUUGUUUAAACACCUUAGAAACAAAUGUUAUCCUGAAGAAAUAAGACAGCAAAUAAACAAAUUAACCGAACAUAUUAGUGAUGAUAAACAACGGGAACACAUUUUAAAAAUUUUAUGGAAAUAUGGAAAAUUAUUUGAUAUUAGAAGACCAUCAAAAAUUGAUAUUGUUUUAAAAAAUGCUAUUGAUACUGGUACACAUCGACCAGUCCAUACUCCACCAUAUAGGAAAUCGAACAAAGAUCAAGAAACCUUAAGAAAAGAAACAGAUAAAUUAUUAAAAAAUGCAAUUAUUGAACAUUCAACAUCACCAUGGUCUUCACCUGUCGUUUUAGUAAAAAAGAAAGAUGGAACAACAAGAUUUUGUGUCGAUUAUCGUCGUUUGAAUCAAAUUACAACGAAAGAUGCUUUUCCUCUACCAAGAAUCGACGAUAUUUAUGACCAAUUAACAAAAGCAACAUAUUUUACAAAAUUCGAUUUCAAAGCAGGUUAUUUUCAAGUACCAUUAGACAAAUCAGAUCGACCAAAAACAGCAUUUUCAACUCGAGAUGGACAUUUUCAAUUUAAAGUAUUACCUCAAGGACUUACUAAUGGACCACCAACAUUUCAACGUAUUGUUAAUCAAAUAUUGGGUCCGAAUAGGUGGAAACAUGUACUCGCCUAUAUCGAUGACAUUAUUAUUUACUCACAAAAUUUUAAUGAACAUUUAAAGCACAUUGAAGAAGUAUGUUCAUUAUUACAGGAAGCAAAUUUUAAAUUAAAUGUUGAAAAAUGUGAAGUUGCAAGACCAGAAAUAUUAUUUCUUGGACAUGUAAUUAAAGCUGGUACUAUUAAACCUGAUCCAAAUAACAUUCGUGGCUUGACUGAUACAAGAGAACCAACAUCAGCUGAAGAAGCAUUUAGAUUCGUCAAAGCAGCAGAAUAUUAUAGGAAAUUUAUUCCAAAGUUUUCCACAAUUGCUGCACCAUUACAUAAAUAUUCUCCAGCAACAUUACAACAACAAAAGUAUAAUAAAAAAUCAACAUUUGAAUUAACUGAUGAAGCUAGAACAGCAUUCCAUCACCUCAAGAAAAUAUUAACAACGGAUCUUAUUCUUGAUCUGCCUGAUGAUACAUUACCAUUCAAAUUACAAACUGAUGCUUCAACGGAUGGAAUUGGUGCUGUUCUAUUACAAGUUACUUCCAAUGGUGAUCGACCAUUAGCAUAUAUGUCAAAGAAAUUAACAAAAACACAAACUAAUUGGCCAACAAUCGAACAAGAAUGUUAUGCAAUAGUACAAGCAAUAGACAAAUGGGACAAAUAUCUUCGUGGUCAUGAAUUUAUAUUAGAAACUGAUCAUGAACCGUUAGUUCAUUUUACAAACAAAGAACAAUUAAAUAAAAGAUGUGAACGAUGGCGAUUAAAAUUAGCUGAAUAUCGAUUUAAGGUGAAACACAUACAAGGCAAGAAAAACAAUAUGGCAGAUUAUCUUUCAAGAUCACCAGUCGAAAUAGCUGAAGAAGAUAUUGAAGAACGAACUCAAUAUGAAUCUGCAUCAACACAAACAGAUUUAUCAUUUUCAUCAUUAAAUAAAAAUUUAAUUCCAUUAAAAAUAACAACAGCAAUUACUAGAGCUCAAGCCAAGUUACAACAACAAGCAAUGGCAACACCAUCUAUUAAACCAACAGAUGAAAAAAUUAAUGAGCUCAUCCCACAAGGGAAAGUAGCGAUUGAUGAAGAACCGAUAAUCAAACAAUCAGAUGAAAAUCCAAACAAGAUCAUCCCAUUUGAUAUGGAUGAUUUAAGAAAACUUCAAGAAGAAGAUAAAACAACUCAAGAAAUAAAAAAGAAUAUCAAGAAUAAAAAACAUUAUUCUAUCGAAGAUGGAAUAUUAUUUAGAAAACAACAACUACCACUUCCAUCUGUGCCAUAUGUUCCAGCAGGACGAAUACGUGGUGAUAUAUUAAAAAUUUAUCAUGAUACACCUGCUAAUGGAGCUCACUUUGGACGUGACAAAACAACAAGAAAAAUUAAAGAACGUUAUUAUUGGCCAACAAUGAUAGCUGACAUUAGAAAUCAUAUCAAUUCAUGUUUACCAUGUGCACAAAAUAAUUAUCGUCGUCAAAAGUUACCGGGAAAAUUAAAACCAAUACCACCACCUGAAGGAAUAUGGAAAUUAUUAAGUAUGGAUUUUCAUGGUCCAAUAACUCCAACAUCAAAACAAGGAAACAGAUACAUCAUAUCUCUUACAGAUGUAUUAUCAAAAUUUGUUAUUACAAAAGCCGUUCGAGAUUGUUCAGCAACAACAGCAGUGAAAUUUCUUACAAAUGAUGUCAUAUUAAAAUAUGGUACUCCAACAUGCAUUUUAACUGAUAAUGGUACACAUUUUACUUCUCAAGUUACGAACAAAUUAUUUGAAAAUCUUGGAGUUACUCAUUUAUAUUCAACAGUAUAUCAUCCACAAACGAAUGGACAAAUCGAACGAUUUAAUGCUACAAUGGAUGGAAAAAUUGCUGCAUUAUGCAACGAACGAUGUACAAAUUGGGAUGAAGUCUUACAAUUUGUUACAUUUAACUAUAAUACGUCAAUACAUGCAACAACAAAACAAACACCUUUUGAAAUGAUGCAUGGACGACAAGCCACUCUUCCAUUCGAUCAACAACAUGAAAUUAUUUCGCUCACGCAAGAUCCAGAGCAUAGUCGAAAAAUUAGAACAUAUCUUGAAAAAUUAGUUAAUGAAGCGCGAAACAAUAUUAUCAAAAAUCAACAACAAUAUAAAGCUCGAUAUGAUUUACAUAGACAAGAUUUAUUAUUGAAAGUUAAUGAUUUAGUUUUAAUCAAAACAAGAAAUGUUAGAAAUAAAUUUGACAUACGAUAUGAAGGUCCAUUUAAAAUUAUUAAACAACUAGGACAUAAAACAUUCAUUGUUCAACAUGUAAAAAAAUUAACAUUAACAAGACAAGUAACAAUGGAUGUUAUCGUUCCUUUGGUGGAACGAUGGAAUUUAAUUUAA